AUGCCACGAGAGUUUGUCACACAGGCUGAAAAGCCAUCCAAUCCAUUUCUAGGUGUCUUCACGGUACCCCCCAAUUUCCUCCAUCAACAUCCCUUCAGUGGCUGUGGCCUUCUUGCCCGUGAAACUAGGAAACAAGCUGGUGAUUCAGUGCCGGUCAAGUUCAUCGGUGAGAAGCAGGGACUGACUUGUGACCUUCCGGCCCAGCAGCAACCACCCCCCUCAGGACUCGCCGCACCAGGCCUGACGGGAGUGGAUGGCUUAGGAGACGUGAGGAGGUAUGAAGAAAAGAAUUUCCAAGGCCAAAGUGGGAAUUUCGAACCUGGGGACAAAAAGCCUGGAGCGUACCUGACGCCGCUCACAGUUCCUCACAGUUCCCCACAGUCUCCCGCGUCACCACUUCCGGGUGCUGGUCCGCCCCGCACUGCUGUCCCCUCCCCGGAAGCAAGUUCCCCCAACAAUAGGCCCGCCCUUCUCCCGGCCCCGACCUGGGCCGCCAGUUUUCCACCUCCGGUGGUCCCUGCCUCCUUGGCCCUUGCUCGCCUCAGCAUCUGGUGCUUCUUAGAUAUUUUUUUCUGGUUUCUGGGACAUGACCCAACAUCCAGUGCCUGCCAGAUUCCUAAUUAUUUCCCUGCCCAAAGAAUAAAUCACAUUGGUUUUAAGUUUGGAGCAGUGAGUCAGCAUCAUUGA